CUGCUUCACUGAUGCCUUUCCAACCUGUCUCCCACGUUAUUUUUGAUAUGGACGGCCUUCUGUUAGUAGAAAACAAAGAACCCGAGGAAAGUAACACAGUCUUAGUGUCCAGAAAAUGAAUAGAAUGCCCACAACUAGACAUAACAAAAUGAAGAAAUCCAAUACUUUCUUCCAUGGCAGAGACAAAAGAGUUUGUCAGGAAUACUACCCUUCCAGACACUGAGCGUCUUUACACGGUUGCAUUCCAGGAGAUCUGUGAAAGGUACGGAGCUGUAUACUCGUGGGAUGUUAAAGCAAAAGUUAUGGGCAAACAGUCACUUGAAGCAGUACAAAUAAUUCGAGAUACUUUACAGCUGCCAAUGACUCCAGAAGAACUGCUAAAAGAGAGCAGAGACAAGCUACAGAUUCUUUUUCCUACAGCCAGUUUAUUGCCAGGUGUAGAAAAGCUAAUCACUCAUCUACAUAGGCAUCAUAUACCAAUUGCAGUAGCUACAAGUUCACCUAAAGUAACAUUUGAGAUGAAAACAAGGAAUCACAAAGACUUCUUCAGUUUGUUUCAUCACAUUGUAAUAGGGGAUGACCCGGACGUUAAGAAAGGCAAGCCAGAACCUGAUGCAUUCUUGGUGUGUGCAAGAAGAUUUAACCCUGUUCCAUGUCUUGAAAAGCAAGAUGAUCUUAUGUUCUUUAAUAGCUUAGGAUUCAUCUCAUCUCCUUUGCAGUUUGGAUCUCCUAUGAAACUGGUAAAGAUAAAUCUCUUCAAGAUCAGAGUAGAAGCUGUAGCCCUUCAGGCACUGGAAGACUGUAUCAUACCAGAUUCCCUUCUUAGAAGGCUCGGACAGCCUGUCAGUAGUACACUGCCUGAACAAAUAGAAGAGGACAAAGUCUUUCUCCCUGUACAGAAAAGCAGUCUGUAUCAGGGACCUGGCAGCGAGCAGGAACAAUUUUUGAACCAGAACGGAAAUCGCAUUGCCACAAACACAAUGAAUGAGGUGGUCGUCCUGAAUGAAUGUCUUAAUUUGGAUCUAACCUUUAGUUUUUCUAACACUCGUGCAAUAGUAAGUACUGUCAAUUAUGUAGAUAAAUUACAGAAAUUAGACUGA